CUUCCUUCCCCACCCUCAUCACCCUCCACCGCCGCCAUGCCCUCGGACGUCGUCGGGCGGUCGCAGGCGCCGCCGCCGCUCGUGACCGUCUCGUGCGCGCUCGUCUCCUACAUCCACACCGUCUGCGGCUUCCUGGCCUUCGGCGGCGCGCUUGCUGUCGCGCUGAGCCUCCACUACGAGCUCGUCGUCAAGAAUGGCAUUGCGCGCUACCCCGACGAGUGGUGGCCCUCAGUCAGCGCCACCAUCGGCGACUGGUAUCCGGAGCGCAAUGUCUUCCAGAUCGGCAUUGCACUCAUGUCCGGGCCGCGCUUCCUGCUCGUGAUGCUCUCGUCGUUGCUCGUGUCGCUGUCGAAGCCAACGUCGUCGCACGCGCGCAUCCUGCUCUUCAUCGGCGUCCUGCGUACCUUGUCGUGUGCCGGCUGGGUCUACAUCACGAGCACCGACGACCACGAUGUGCACGACAUCGCCAUGAUCCUGUACCUCGUCUGCACGCCCGCGUGGAUGUACAUCUCCAGCGGCUCGCUCGCGUCGGCCGGCGGCGACAGCGCUCGCGAGGCUCUGGCCGACAAGGCGCGCCGCAUGCGUCGCCGCGCGGCCGUCGGCUUCUGGAGCAUGAUCCCGCCGAUGGUCUUCUUCUUCUACCGGCACAAGGUGCUGCGCAUCCCCGGUGCAUACACCAUCUAUUCGUUCUUCGAGUGGGGCCUGAUCAUCUUCGACCUGCUCUUCGACUUCGCCUCGGUGUACGACCUCUCGCGCCUCGAGAUCCACAUUGUGGAGGCACCGCGGCCCGCUGGCCCGGCGGGCUCUGCCUCUGCUGCGCACAGCUCGGCAGGGCUCUUUGGUGGUGCCUGGCUUGGCGGCGGCACCGCAGCUGCGGUGAAGGCGGGUGCGUGGAGCACGCCGCCGUCCCUGUCCCUGGGCGCGAAGGAGUCUUCAUCCGGCAAGCUGGCGGCCGAGGCGGCGCCGCUGGACGAAGGCUUCAAGGGCCAUGCUGCAGUCUCCGAGGCUGAGCCAUUGCGUGACGCUGCCUCGUUCGCAGCUGAUGUCUACCUCGGUUUCUGCUUCUGGUCCACGCUCACUGCGCUGCACCCGGCAAUCUUCUUCUUCUCGGUCUACAACAUGGGCAUCGGUGGCCACGAGGCUCUGCUUGUGGCUCAGGUGCUCGGACUCGCUCUCACGAUGGUGCCCGCCAUCCGCAAGACGCUGCUGAAUGAGCGGCAGGGCAUCGCCAGCGUCGGCCCUCGCAGCCGGAGCGUCGAUGCAGUGCUGCACGUCCUCUCGCUCUCCGGACUGACGGUCUGGUGGAUCCAAGAUCCGCUCGUGCGCCUGCUCGCCACGGCAGUCGGCGCUGUGGGCUUUGCCAUCCAGACAGCGCUUGAGUGGGGUCGGGCCUGGGAGACGGACGACCUGCAGCGGACUUCGACAGCCUGGAUCCUCGGACUGCUGCUGUCGAGCCUGGCAAAGUACGCGAACCACAGCAACAACCCGGUCUGGCCCUUCCUACACGCCGGCAACGGAGGCCACAACGUCGUCGGCCUCGUGCUCGCAGUCGCUGCCACAGCAGAGCGGAUCAGCCGGCCGCAGCAGCAGGCUGCGGCUGGGCGCUCCGCGCGGCGAGCCGAGUCUUGGUCUUCGGCAUUCACGGCCGCUGCUGGCAUGGGUGCACUCAUCUACGCCCUGCAUACGUUCCUGAGCGACUCCGGCACCAUGAUUGCGUGGACAUGGACCGGAUGGCCUGUCAAGGGUCCGAUGGCUAUCCCGCACGGCGUAAUCAUCCUCGCUGCAUCAGGCAUCUCGCUGCUCGCGUCGUUGGCUAUCCCGGGACUCGGCGUCAACCCGCUCUUCUUCGCUGCUGGCUCGGGCGUCAGCUUCGUGCUUCUGCGCUUCGAGGACUGGACCGGCUUCUACGGCGCGCUGGGCGUUGCUGCCUUCCUGCCGCCGCUGGCUGGGCCUAUCAUCAGCGCCACCAUGCGCCAUCACCCGCUGCGCAUCAUGAUCGGCGCUUGGCUUGUCGCCGAUCUGCUCACCUUCUUCUCGGUGCUCACUGCGGCGUACGCCUUCGUGCCCGGCGGGCAAGUCUUCCGCGAGCACAGCGGCGCGAUGAUGAUCGGGCAGCUCGUGCUCCUGGCUGCCGGCUUGCUGCGCGCUCGCAGCUCGCCAGGCGCCCAUCGCCUGCGUGCCGGCUUCUCCAAGCACAGCGCCCGCCUCGCCAGCCUGUCGGCGCCGAUCGUCGUGUUCAUGACGCUGGCAGCACGCGCCGUCGCCUCGCUUCGCGGCGUGCCCGAGACGUCCAUCGUGCCGUACCACGCACCUGACCGGCUCUUCACUGCCGGUAUCUGGACGGUGCACUUCGGCCUGGACCAGAGCAUGUACGACUCGUCGCGGCGCAUGUCAAACCUGCUCAAGGACAUGGAGGUCGAUGUGUUCGGCCUGCUCGAGACGGACCUGCACCGCUCUGGUGCGUCUUGUCGAAGGGCUCGAAGCCUCCUUGCCGCUGACGCGCAGCCCCUAGUGUUCGGCAAUCGCGACCUGACACAGCACCUUGCCGAGUCGCUUGGCAUGUACGCCGACAUCGGCCCGGGCCCGGACAAGCACACGUGGGGUUGUGUGCUGCUCUCCAAGUUCCCGAUCGUCAACUCGACGCACUACCUGCUGCCUUCGCCGCACGGAGAGCUCGCACCGGCCAUCCAUGCGGUGCUCGACAUCUACGGAGUGCACACUCACGUCGUCGUCAGCCACAACGGCCAGGAGGAGGACCCGCUCGACCGCGAGCUGCAGAGCACCGAGAUCGCGCGCAUUCUGCGCGACGCCUACCCUGCGCCGGCGAUACUGCUGGCGUACGUCGUGACGCAUCCGCACGCCGAGCGGCCGGCGCCGUACAAGAUCAUCUUCGAGGACGGCAAGAUCCACGACGUGCACGCCGGCGACGACGGCCGCUGGUGCCAGUACCUGGGCUUCCGCGGCCUCGAGCGUGUGGGCUAUGUCCGCGUGUCGCGCUACACUGUGACGGACACCGAGCUUCAAACGAUGAAGCUUGUUGUGCCGCCGAUCGGCGCCCUGCUCAAUCCGGACGUCGACAGCCGCCCGCACAUUGUCGGCGACGAGCACAUCCCAGCGACGUGGCGCUACCCGGCCAAGUUCAUCGACCCGCCGGCGAUGGUGUACAACAAGCACAAGUACUCGCCGUGGUACUACCCGCUCGCAUUUGUGCCGCAGCCGCCGGCCUGAGAUGCAGCGUGCUCAAUGCUAUCGAACGCCCUCA